CUGAUAAGCUGUGUACACAAAACUCGUCAAGUCCACAAACCUCUUCCAGUCUGUACAAACAUGGCAGGGCAGUCUGCUGCAGUUGUGACACUGAUCCUUGUAAUCGGUUGCUGGUCCGUCAACACCACAGCUCCUACAACACUACGACUUGUCAAUCUGAUGUAUCGCCAUGGCGACCGCACCCCGUACACUACUUACCCGAAGAAUCCCCACGUGCAGAAUGCUACGUGGCCCCAGGGACUCAAGUGGCUGACGACUGAUGGAAUGGAGCAACUCUACUCUUUAGGCCGCUUCCUCCGACGGCGCUACUCUGGGUUUCUCAGCGACAGGUACCUACACACAGAGAUCCGCGUUGAGAGUUCAGACGCAGACAGGGCCAUGAUGUCUGCCUACUCCAACCUGGCCGGUCUGUACCCUCCAAGUGGGGACCAAGUGUGGAACAGCAACAUCCCCUGGCAGCCAAUCCCCGUCCACACCAGACCCAAAGUGGAAGAUAAUAUGUUGGCUUUAGGGAAGCCGUGCCCCAAGAAUGACUUGUUGUACAACCUACGCUUCAACUCGGUACAGGUACACAGGGUAGAAGAAGACAACAAGGAUUUCUUCCAUUUUUUGGAGGAAAAGUCAGGUCUUUCUCCAGUCACCUUUAAGAAUCUAUGGGAGAUCUCCGACACUCUGUUUUGUGAGCAUAACCACAAUGUCACAUGGCCUAGCUGGGUUAAUUCCACCAUCUACAAGAAACUGCGGGACUAUGAGGCCGUUGGGUAUGAACUCCUCUACAAUGGUACCAUCAGAGCCCGUCUUAAUGGAGGACCUCUCUUGAAGAAAUGGAUUGAACUGGCUCAACAGAAAGUUACAUCCAAGAGCUACACAACCAAGAUGAACAUGUUCUCAGCGCACGACUCCACCACAGUGGCGCUACUCUUAGCUCUCAGAGUCCACAACCACCGCAAUCCGCCCUACUCUUCCGCCACCAUGAUGGAGCUGCACGAGAACGCGCCAGGCGCCUUCCACGUGGAGCUGUACUACAGGAAUGUGUCCUCCACAGACCCUAACGAUAACACACAGCCUCAUCAACUCACCAUACCAGGUUGUAGCUCCCAGUGCCCGCUGGCAACGUUCGUGUCUCUCACCAAAGACAGGGUUCCCCACCGACUGGGAUGUCGAGUGCACUUGCUCUCCAACACAGAUCCAAUCACCGGGAAGCGUUGAGGGGAGGCCUGUCCCAGCAGGACAAACGGCUUGUAGCCAAAUUGUAGUUGAAACAUACAUGAAUAAAACAUGUGACGAUUG